AUGAACGCUAUUCGGACUAUCUGGCGAGCUGCGCCAGUGGUCUGGAGACCUACUUCUUUCAACUGCACAAUGCGACCACUAUCAACAGCUCCAGUGACUAUUCAGAAACCUACUGAACAGGUCCCAACUACAAUAGAACUAGACAAGUUAUAUAAAAGAGUCGAGUUAGAGAUGCGAGGGAUUGAUCCUGCGGUACUUUUAAGUUAUUCCUGGUUCUGUGUUGCAGCCGCAUCACAUUUGGGAAUCGAAGUCACAAAGAGUUGGGCACUAAGAAAAGCAGAAAAGGAAAGGCAUACUUUACUCAGAGCUGUCCACAUUUAUAAGAAGCACAGAGUACAAUACGAAAUUCGGACAUACUUUAGAUUUGUACACUUGCAAAGACUGACAGGAUCCACUUGUGAUACAUACCUUGAAUAUAUUGAGAGGAAUCUACCUGAAGGUUGUGCUCUAAAAGUCACUAAAAUUGAAUGUCAAAAACUGCCAGAACAUAUUACACCACCUGAUAAUGAAUAA